AACUUAUUUGUGCGCGCUUUUAAAUGUCAACAUACCACGAUUCCAGAAAAGACGCGGUUGGCUAAACAAUUGGUGAAAUAUUAAAUAGAGUUAUCGCAUUUCAUCCGAGUGAUAAGUUCAACGUAAAUGGCCAGUUAUGUUUGACGAGUAAUUAUAGUGUCUUGCAGUGUGAUUUAAUGUCGUAUAUCUGGUAUAUGGUGACGUACUGAUUCUAUGAGCGAAGUGCUGGAUUGUUGAUACAAAGUGGAAAGAAUUGCUACUCCAACUCGUAAUAAUGGAUUCUUCAGGUUCAACGAUGGUGCAAGAUAGCUCCAAAUUGUCUCCAGGAGCAAGUGCUCGUAAAAUGAAGCAAAGUCGACUGCCGUUUCAAAUAUUGUCAACAUCUGCCAAAACUUUCGAUGAACCUGUAGAAGCACGGAAGAGAAAACCAUCAACGGAAGGAAUAGAUCUCGGACAUGUAGCCAAAGCUGGACGCAUAUCGGAAGUCAAAGAGAAUGUUACGACACUGGUCGCGGAAGAAACGCGGAAACAGAUAGUUGAGAUCGCAGAGCCAAAUGUUACGAAUGCUGAUAUGGAAACAUCUGAGCCGGCUGUUGGUUGCAGUGGUCUGCCUACAAGUAAGGCGAAUAAGAAGAGCAGUGGGAAAAGCGAUGUAAAAAGGACAGAGUCACCAAAAAUAUUAAUAAAACUGCCCAUAGGAAAACGUAAACGUCCUUUGGGAAAAGUGAAACCUGUGAAACGAAAGGCAUUUAUUGAAGAUAGGUUGAAUUUGAGCGGUGGUAUUACGAAUGAGGUUUUAAUUUUGGAUGAUACAGAUUUAUCAGACGACUCUAUUGAUGAGACAGAAAACAGGAAAUCUUUAAGUGUAAAAGAGGAUUCAAAGAUUUUGCAUGAUAAUUCUAAAAAUGUUACAAUGACGCCAAACUCAACUAUAGUGCUGGAAUCUUCUGCUAAAGAUUACAAGUUUGUAGCAGAUUCGGUAGGUGUGAGUGAUACAAAAACAAAUUACAUUGGUUCACCGCAGUUAGAUGCGAUUGAUAAAAAGGAGCAAGAUAUGGAGGCUUUGUUUAAGGAAGACAUUUUUGCUCCACAUACAGAGGUUGAAUUAAAAACUCAUUCGAAGACGGAUCGAUCAAGCAGUGCUAAUUUUGUAGACCCGUCAUCUGAUAUUGAUUCUAGCGAAGAUGAUGUGUAUAUGCUUUGUACACCUAAUUCUAAGAUUGUUCCGAAUGAAGACGAUAAUAGGGCUCGUAAACUUACUCCAAAACAAAUAGCUCGACGACAAGAAUACGAAAAACGACAAGCAAUUAAACAAAAGGAGAAAGAGGAAAAGCUGCGCAAACUGCAACAAGAAAAAGAUGAAAAAGCGCGAGAAAAAGAAGAACAGGAGCGAUUGCGGCGAAAAGAACGCGAAGAAAAAGAGGAACAAAAACGCAAGGAGCGAGAAGAAAAAGAAGAGUUGAGACGCAGGGACCGCGAGGAAAGGGAAGAACAAAAACGUAAAGAACGCGAGGAAAAGGAAGAACAUAAACGAAAGGAGCGCGAAGAAAAGGAAAGAAAACGACAAGUAGAAAUUGAGCAGAAAAAUGAAGAAAGGCGUUUAAAAGAAGAAGAACGCCGUAAAAAAGAAGAGCAAAAGGAAGAAGAACGCAAACGUAAGGAAGAAGAAAAAGAAGCAGAGGAAAAACGGAAACAGAAGGUGGCACAAGCUUUCACGAGCUUUUUUGUCAAGAAACCGAUCAAUGGAGGAGGCGUAAAAGCUUCUGAUGAUGAAAACUCAGUGGAAUCUUGUUUUGGUGGAAUAACGAGCACAACAACGACUAUCAUGGAGCGGCAAAGAUUUAUGCCGUUUUGCGUUAAAGGAGAUAUGCGACUGGCACCAACAGUUCGUAGAGUUUUGAAUGAUGUUCAAAGAGAUGCUCUGGAAAGGGUGUUCUAUAUUACCGAUGAUGGUCAGGCAAUGGAUCGCACCAAUUUGUAUCUUGAGAAGUUAAAAAGUAAAUCUCAUAAGCCCUUAAAGACAGAUCGAACUUGGAAUGUCGAAGAUGAAGAGGAAUGCGAUGAUAUUAUGGUUGUUGAUGAAAAUGUAUGCCAUCAGAUCGAGGAAGAUCCUGGAAAAAUGAAGCAAAAAUUGAAAACCAAGUUUUUUCUGUUUGAAGAAAAUCGUCGUCCGCCCUAUAGAGGAACAUGGCGAAAACGAAGCUGUUUGAUAAAGGCGCGACGUCCUUUUGCUCAAGACAUGAAAUUCUUUGAUUACGAAGUAGACUCUGACGAUGAAUGGGAAGAAGAAGAACCCGGCGAAUCACUGCAUGGCAGCGAUGACGAGAAGGAUGUAGAUCCUGAAGAAGACUACGAGGUUGAUAAUGAAUUUUUCGUGCCUCAUGGCCACCUUAGUGACGAAGAGCUGCAUGCUGAGGAGGAAGGCGAAAUAGACGAUAAUAGUCCCGAGGUACAAAAAGUAAAGUUGAAACUAAUGCAACAAGAGUUUGUAGCAGAGAUGAAAAAGAAAACCGAGAAGAUUAAACCCAGGCUCAUAGGGUGUAUUUGGACAAAUGUUAGCGCGGAAGACAAAGCUCGUUCCUCGGAGUGUUCUGCAAUCAUUUGGAAAAUGCUUGACGACCGUGCUAUGCUUUAUAAUCCAGAUGAACCUAUUUCAUUUACUCGAUCCCACUCAAGGGCAAACGGUAGUUGCAAUGAUCAAGAUUUAACUUCCAUUUCUCCUAGUAAAGAUAUCGAAAAAUCAGUAAUAAAAAAGGUCAAAAUAACAGAUGAAGCCGUCUGCGACUUAGCGCGAUUGGUUCAUGGAAAUGUGAAUAAUCGUAAAUUUUUAGUUCGCGAAUUUCAUGCCUUUUGGAAUAGUCGGAACGAAUCUGUUGAAUUUAGCUUCGAAAGUAUAAGAAACAAAAUUAAAGAGAUAGCUAAAUGGGGCGCAUGUCGUAUUAAAGGAACGAUGGAGGGAAAAUUAUGUUGGACAGUAGAAAAUAGCGUUUUGGAACAGUGCAAACUGAUGGAUUUGCCAUUACCGAACGAUUGGAAGUAUCAGUUACAAAAAGAAAGUUUCAUAAAAAUGGACAAGAAACCCGACGCGAAGCAAGAGUCUAAAUUAGAAACACAAAAAACACCUCCAAUUGAUACGAACAAUGCACGAAAAGAUGCAAAUGAGGUGACCGUCAGUACAUCCAAAACGAAAUUAAACGAAACCACGUCUAUGGCAGGUAGUAUCGUGAAAUUUGCAAAAGUAAUGUUUAAAGAAGAUGAGAAUGAGACGUUGGUCUUGGACAGUUCUACAUUAAAAAAAGGUCUAUCAUCAUCUCUUCUCAAAAACCUGGAUAGCAAAAAAGAAAAAAAUGCAACAAAACCAGCUACAAAGUGCUCUAGCACUGAGACAUUCACAGAUCAAAAUUCAAAAAAACGUGUUAAACUUUUGAUGUCCGUUCCUAGGGGUCAGAAUAUAAAUCAGUCUACAAAAAAUAACCUAAUCAGUCAGUUUUUGUGCAGGGAGAAUAGAAAAAAUGAUCAAUCAAUUAAAAAAUCAGAUGAUACAAUAAUCGAAAUCGAUUGACCCUUGCGUUGAAAUGUAACGUUUGUUUAGAUAAGAUUCUGUAAUAUGUAUUUAUAGUUUAUUAUUUUCCCAUGUUCUUGCAAUUAAUACAGCCUAUCACAUGCGAAUAUAUGCGGCAACGAAUAA